AUGUUGACGCUUGAAGUUGGUACACUUUUUGCGCUCCAUGCUUUACCGCACCGUUCCAACAGCCAUUUAUUUUUACUCUCCGACUUAUUCAACUCUUUUUCACAAGCUUCUUUCUGCUGUUCCUCUUCAGAUGCUUUUAUCUUUUACUUCGUUGCCCCACAGACCGUGGAAAAAGUCCUCUUGGCAUACGCCGACCGCGUUAAGGCCGACUCAAGCCAAUUCCAGCGCGAUCACAAAACUGCGAUCAUCCUAAUCAACAACAUACAGCAAAUGCGAGUCCAGCUGGAGAAGCUCUACGAGGCGAUGGAUCGAAAUAGGCAAGUCGAUGGUUCUAGCUGGGGGUCAGGAAGCCAGAGUUACCGUCAGUGGGACCGUCUAUUGACUAUGCAUGUCGCAGAGCGAGUGAAGCGCUCGUUGUCUUGUCACGAAGUCAAGUUGUUUGUCUGA